UUGCUGGUGUCGCCUCCAGAGGGCCGCACGGAUCCGGCGGCCCAGAAUGGCUCUGAGUUCAAUGUAUGAACCCCAGAGUGAAGGCCGUCAACAAAAAGAGGGAGCCCUGAGAAAAACUCUGGAUCACAAAACCACAGCUGAACCAUUGCACCCUCCGGAGGAAAGUGACGUGAACUUGGAGACACAUUCCAGCCCUGGUCGUUCUACGCUGGCCUUUCGAUCUGGUUUAUAUGGAUUUUGCAGUUUUCCAGCAGAAAUCUUGAGAAGCACUGACCAGUUCAAAACCAUGGCCUUUGGUUCAGUGACAUUCAGGGAUGUGGCCAUAGACUUUUCUCCGGAAGAAUGGCAAUUCCUGGACUCAGCUCAGAGGGACUUAUAUAGGGAUGUGAUGUGGGAGAAUUAUAGAAACUUCAUCUCUCUGGGACCUUCCAUUUCUAAACCAGAUGUGAUGACAUUAUUGGAUGAAGGGAAGGAGCCCUGGAUGCUUAUGAGGGAAAGGAUAAGAAGACACUGCCCUGAUUUGGAGUCCAGAUACAGGACUAAUACUUUAUCUUCAGAAAAGGAUAUUUGUGAAAUAUAUUCAUUCCAAUUGGAAGUAAUGGAAAAAAUUAAAAGCUAUUGCCUUCAGAACUCUAUUUUUAGAAAUGAUUGGGAAUGCAAAAGGAAGAUUGAGGGGCAAAUAGAACCACAAGAAGGAUGUUUGGGGCAAGUGAAAAUUACUUCUGAAAAAAUGACCACUUACAAAAAGCAUAAUUUUCUUGCUGAAUAUCAGAGAGUUCAUAAUAGGGAAAAGUUAUAUGAAUGCAAGGAAUGUAGGAAGACCUUUAUUCGUCGCUCAACACUUAGUCAGCACCUGAGAAUUCAUACUGGUGAGAAACCUUAUAAAUGUAAGGAAUGUGGGCAAGCUUUUAGACAGCGUGCACACCUUAUUCGACAUCACAAACUUCAUACCGGUGAGAAACCCUAUCAAUGUAAGGAAUGCGGGAAGGCCUUUACAGUGCUCCAAGAACUCACUCAACAUCAGAGACUCCACACUGGUGAAAAGCCCUAUGAAUGUAAAGAAUGUGGGAAGGCCUUUAGGGUACAUCAGCAACUUGCUCGACAUCAGAGAAUUCACACCGGUGAGAAACCCUACGAAUGUAAGGUGUGUGGGAAGACCUUUAGACAGUGUACACACCUUUCUCGGCACCAGAGACUUCAUAUUGCUGAGAAGCUCUAUGAAUGUAAGCAGUGUGGGAAAGCCUUCGUGUGUAGCCCAGACCUUCGAGUACAUCAGAAAAUUCAUUUUGGUGAGAAGCCCUAUGAAUGUAAGGCAUGUGGAAAGACUUUUAGAAUAUGCCAACAACUUACUGUCCAUCAGAGUAUUCACACUGGUGAGAAACCCUAUGAAUGUAAGGAGUGUGGGAAGACCUUUAGAUUAAGACAACAACUUGUUCGUCACCAGAGAAUUCAUACUCAUGAGAAACCCUAUGAAUGUAUGGAAUGCUGGAAGACCUUUAGUAGUUACUCACAACUUAUUUCACAUCAGAGCAUUCAUAUUGGUGAGAAACCUUAUGAAUGUGAAGAAUGUGGGAAGGCCUUUAGACUGCUUUCUCAACUUACUCAACAUCAGAGUAUUCAUACUGGUGAGAAACCCUAUGAAUGUAAGGAGUGUAGGAAACCCUUUAGACUACUCUCGCAACUUACUCAACAUCAGAGUAUUCAUACUGGUGAGAAACCUUAUGAAUGUAAGGAGUGUGGUAAGGCUUUUAGACUUUAUUCAUUUCUUACUCAACAUCAGAGAAUUCAUACAGGGGAGAAACCCUACAAAUGUAAGGAAUGUAAGAAGGCCUUUAGACAGCAUUCACACCUUACUCAACAUCAGAAAAUUCAUAAUGGAAUUUAAUACAAGAAAGCCUUGAUAUGUACAUUAUGUUACAGAAUAUCACAAAAUUCAUUUUUGAGAAUUGUUUUCAUGCUACAGAAAAAAAAAUUGCU